GGUGUGCCUUCCUACAGUGGAUAAUUUCUCAACCUCCAUGAAAAUCGCAAACAAAACAUUGAAUGUUAAGUGAAGUUCCAACAUCAUAUCUCAACCUACACGCCACUCCAAGUCCAAGGAAGAGAGGAAUAAGAAUAACUUUCUCACUCUUUCCAAGGAACCAUGGGAGGGAGAAUUGGACUGUUGUUUGUUGUGAUAUUUGGUGUUGUUGCAUUGGCUUGUGAUGCAAGAGGUCUUGGAAGCCCUUAUCAAUUGGGCAUUCUUGCUGCAAAUUCUGCAUCUUCUGAGUUAGUGAAGAUACCGGAUGUGUGUGCGCUUUGUGAGGAAUAUACUACCAAGGCACUUGAUUAUAUAAGUGAAAACAAGACUCAGAGCGAGGUCAUUGAUAUUCUUCACAAUACUUGUCGUCAGCUUCACACUUUUGAGAGGAAGUGUGUCAGUUUGGUGGACUAUUAUUUGCCACUUUUCUUCUUAGAAAUGACCUCCGUUCAGCCUGGAGAUUUCUGCAAUAAGGUCAACCUUUGCCAGAACAUUGCUAAUAUUUCCUUACAAUUUCAAGAAAACAGCUGCGAGUUUUGCGAAGAUACUGUUUCAAAACUAUUGGAUAAGAUAAAGGAUCCUGACACAGAGCUAGAAAUAAUCGAGACACUAUUGAAGGUGUGCAGUUCAUUGGACAAGUAUGCGAGCAAGUGCAAGAGGAUUGUUCUAGAAUACGGUCCCUUGGUAUUUGAAAAUGCGGAGAAGUUUCUGGAGAAGACAGAUAUAUGCACUGCAUUACAUGCUUGCAAAGAUUCAAAAGCACUUGGCAGAGGAAUUCUUUCUCACCUCUUGAGUAUUUAUUAUGGCAGCAAUAUUUUUAUGAGAAUGGUGCAUUUGUUGAAGAUUGCUCUAUUUUGAGAGAAAAAAAGAGUGAUUGAAAUUUGAGACAUUACUAAUGUAAAGUAUUAGCACAUCAUAAAAAGUGUUAGUUCCUAAGAAGUGCUUGUGAUAUAAUCAACCUUGUGUAAUACAUUAUUGAAGUCAACCUAAGUUAAAUUUCUAAUGUUAUGAUCAAAGUUUGUUCAUUUUGAAA